AUCCUCUGGAAAAUGCAAAGUUUUAACAUGCAUCAAAUCCUCAUAUACAGGGGGACGCAAAUGAGGCGUCCGCAAGUGGGAUAACAUCUUAUACACAAAGUACAGGAACUAUCUUUUAACUAUCUCUGAGAUGCCCUUACUUGGUUUUUUAUUUAAAUAUUCACACAACUCUAGGUAACUUCGUUUUACGGGGGGCGGGGGAGGAAAGCAAGCUCAAGGAUGUCUAAGCAGCUUGUCCAAGCCCACCACCACCUGGGGUAGAAAGUGGCAGAGAGGAGAGGAUAACUUCCACGCGAUUAUUUUUCUACUACUUGCGGGUAGGUUUUACCCCCGUGCUCGGGACUCGAAAAACAGGUAAAUACGCCCAGAGCCCUCGACACAGGCAUCACCUGCUCCAAGACUAAACCGGUCCGCUGCACUUUUGAUAAACGCACAACUUGUUCCUUCACGGUCUAUUUAAAAUGCGCCUGCUGACGUGCAAGGGACAAAAGAUGUAGCGGUGACCAAACACGUGAGGCCGCUCUCCGCGAGGGGCUUAAAGUCUGGCAGAGGCUUCUGAGGCGCUCCCCGCAGUAGAGGGAGUGAGCCAGCUGGGCGGGGCUGGCAAGGCCCGCACCAGAGGAAGGACGCGGGAACUCGAAGCGGGAGGGGGCGUGGCAUAGGGAGGGGGCGUGGGCUGAGCGUUCCGGUGGCAGGAUUCGGGUACGCAAGACCACGGCGUGGGGAGGGGGGCGUCGCACCCGGAGAGAGGCGCGGGAGGGGGCGUGGGAUGUGCACGCUGGACACGGACUGCGCGCGCGGUCCAGCGCGACAGAGGCUGAGCGCGCGCCGGGCUGACGUGGGGCCGCAACGCUGUGCGCGCGACAAACUACGCAGGAGCGAAAAGACGACUCCGAAGGGAUGAGGCCAUCAGCCCCGCGGCCUUGGCGGGGUGCCCUGACAGACUCCCCAAAGAUGCAGAUCAGGCCAGGAAGUGGACCUGAAGUCCCUUUGGGCCCACCCCCGCCUGGGGGCGCUGGCUUUAAGGAACGGAUGCAAGGUAAAGGGGGGCGAAACGGGCACUCACCGUCCAUGGUCUCCCUCACUGCAUUCAGAUUCGCCGCCGCCGCAGCCCCGGAGCCGCUGUUACCCGCCAUGGUGAAGGCCGAGGAAGGGUAGCGAAGGGCCUGACCCGGAACUGGAGCGCCUUCCUUUCUCCUGGGCAAUCACACCGCGCGUCCCCUUCUCACGCCGGUCAGGCCCCGCCCACGCCUGGCAGCCCCGCCCCUCGCGCCCGUCGCCGGCGUGAGGCUGCGUUGAUUUGAAUUUGGAGCCUCGUUACUCUACGCGGAAUGCGAAGCGAGGAGUUGCCAUUCGAAUUUACUACGCGGCCUCGACUCGAUUGGCUGGUUCGCGGACAGCGGUGCGGCGCGAUUGGCCAGUCGCCCACAGGGCCAGAGCCCUGGUUGGCCUAAGACAGCGCGGAAGCGGGGAGUUAAAGAGUCUGCCUGUCGUGUGAGCCGGCCUGGCACCCCCGGGGCGUCCUGGAGUCGCUUUGCGGGGGGGCUUUCUUUUUUUUUUUUUUUUUUAAAAACACACAGCUAGGUACGUUGUCUGUAGUUCCUGGCUUUUCCUCCUGUCUCGAAUUGGAGAGCUCACUUUGCCCAGCUCCGGACCUGCCUGCCGGCUCUCCCGGGAUGAAUGGGAGCUGCCAGGGAGUAGGUGCGGAAGAAGGGGCGCCAAGAAAGAGUGGUCUAGUAGGGCUGGCGAUGACACCGGCGUGAGUGCCCUCCUCUGCUCUUCACCCGAGGAGGCCAGCUGCACAUCAGCCUUCCAAGGAUUUUCUCUCUGCGCUAUGGGAGAUGUCAAAGAAUCAAAAAUGCAGAUAACACCUGAAACGCCAGGAAGGAUCCCUGUUUUAAAUCCUUUCGAAAGUCCUGGUGAUUAUUCUAGUCUCCAUGAACAAACUCUCUCCAGUCCUUCUGUUUUUAAAUCGACAAAAUUACCAACUCCAGGGGAGUUUAGAUGGUCUAUUGAUCAACUAGCUGUCAUAAAUCCUGUAGAAAUAGACCCAGAAGACAUUCAUCGUCAAGCUUUAUACUUAAGUCGUUCUCGAAUAGAUAAAGAUGUGGAAGACAAAAGACAAAAAGCCAUUGAAGAGUUUUUCACUAAGGAUGUCAUUGUACCCUCUCCUUGGACUGAUCAUGAAGGGAAGCAGCUUUCAGAGUCUCAUUCCAGUAAAUGUGUUAACAUAAAUAAUGAAUCUCCAAUGGGAAGAAAGCUGACUAUCCAUUCUGAGAAAAGCAAUGUUGCUUGCCAGACAUUGCUGUCUCUUCCUGUGGAUUUUAAUUUAGAAAAGAUACUAGGUGACUAUUUUAGAGCUGAUGAAUUUGCAGAUCAAUCUCCUGGAAACCUCAGUUCUUCAUCCCUCAGAAGAAAGCUAUUUUUAGAUGGCAACGGAAGUAUCUCUGACUCCUUAUCUCCAGCUUCUCCCAGAAGUCCUCGUAGCGGUGCUCAAGCAUCACUUGAGGUUUUCUGUUCAAUAGAUUUAUCUCCUGUGCAGACCCCAAGUUCGGGGCAGUUUUCUUCUAGCCCUAUCCAGGGUAGUGCAAAAAAAUACAGUUUGGGAAGCAUAACCAGUCCAACACCUAUUUCUUCACCCACUUUCUCACCGAUUGACUUUCAGAUAGGAAAGACACCACUCUCAGAACAAAGGAAGUUUACUUUGCAUUCUCCUGAUGCUUCAUCUGGGGCCACUUCUAAUGGAAUUACCAAUCCGUGUAUCAGAAGUCCUUAUAUAGAUGGCUGCUCACCCAUAAAAAAUUGGUCUCCCAUGAGACUCGAGGUGUGUAGAGGGGGUGCUCAGUAUCGGACCUCAGUGAUCCGAAUACCUUUUACCCUUGAGGCUCACAGUGAAGAUGAGGAAAAAGCAGAUGUCCCUUGCACAGACACCUCCUCCCCAGCCUCUGGCGCUGCUGGAGUCCACCUGCUGCAAUUGGAGGGCAGCACCUGCCCGUGUGGCCCGCACUUGGCAGUGACGGCCAUGGCCAUUACCCAGCACCAGUCCGGCGCGUCUGCGAAAGAGCUGGCGCUGCUGCAGGACGUGGAAAGCGAGAAGGAGAACCACACUGUGGAUAUGGUCGAUCCCGUCGAGAUGGUAGAGGAGACCGCCUGGAUUAAGGAGCCCGUGGAUCAUGGCAGCUCGCCCAUGACCGAUUUUGGGAAUGGGAUUGCCUUCAGCAUUGAAACCUCCCACAUGUGCAUGUCACCCCUUGCAGAAAGCAGCGUCAUUCCUUGUGAAAGCAGUAACACUCAGAUGGAUAGCGGUUAUAACACACAGAGUUGUGGAAGCAACACUAUGGACACGGUUGGGGCAGAAAGUUACUGCAAAGAAAGUGACGCACAAACCUUGGAAGUCGAGAGUAAAUCUCAAGUUUUUAAUAUAAAGCAAGAUCACCCAACGCAACGGUGUUGGAUGAAAAUGGCAAAUCCUCCUCGGUGCAGCAGUCCAUAGAAUACCUCUCAGAACAAGACUAUCACUGGACAGCUUCUCUCCUAUUUUUAACGCACGGGAUCAAUAAUGUGAUGGUGAUUGGGAAAAAAAUUGCUUCAACUAACAUGCUUGGCUUUUUUUCUUCCCCUCAAUGUGAAAAAUCAAGGGCUUAAUUUUAGUGACACAGGAACAACAGAAAAGCGCCUGGAACUUUCAGCAAGUUACUAAAGUACAAGUUCAUUUUUUUAUCAAUAAAUAUUUUUGUACUUACCUCGAGUGAUGUGUUUAACAAUAAAAAACUUGAGUGAUGA